AUGGUCAAGCCUUCGCCUCAAUUGUGCGCCCGCCUGCGCUUCACCACCAAGCAGGUCGCAAAGGGAUUCUACCGGGGAAAUCGAGCUGGUGCAAUGGGCGCUCACACCGAAUACGGCCGAUAUGUGAUUGACUGGCGGAAGACGGCUCAUUAUAACAUGCCCGAGAUCAAGGACUUUCCACUCACACCAUUCGUGACUAUGGAGAUGGAACCGAAAAGCAGAGCCACAGAUCGCCCCGAUGGGACAACCUACGUGCCUGAUAAAGUUGAUGCAGUGGAGUUUCUGAGAAUUUGGAAAAAGACCAAUCCGCUGGAAUAUGACGGCAUUGUAGCUCAUCAAGAGGAAGAGCGCCGACGCUUUGCGGCUGCAACAACUGAAGAGUACCAUGGGCAGGAGGCGCAGGAGCAGGCCCAACAGGAGGCCCAGCAGUGGGCUCGAGAUCAAGCUCAGCAACGGACCGAGAAGCAAGUACAAAAGCAAGUACAACAACAAACACGAUCCUUCCACACGACAAGGAGAUUGCGGGUGCAUGCCCAGCCUCCCGUGGUCGAAGCACAGUCCGAUCAGCCCGCAAAGGAUUGGAGCGAAAUGUCCAGAGCCGACAGGAAGGCCCUGGUCAAUCCAACCGCCACAUCGGAACUACGGCGGCUUAGAAAAGAGCGCAAGGGCAAGCUCACACAGCAGGAGAAAAAGGAAACAAAGAAAGAUAUCAAAGUGCGCCUAAGGCGAGAACUGGUUGGCGAAGGAGUAUUCCAGAACGAGAAGGAGCUUCAAAAACUUCUAACCGAAGAGGGCCGUCGGCGGAAGGCGGCAGGUCUACCUCGUAGGACUCACGGGGAAAAAGCUCAGUUUCUGGAAGAGUUACAGCGUGAGGCCGAGUCAAGAACAUGA